GCAUACAUAUAAUGUUGCACGUAUAUAUAUAACUAGAGCAUCCUUGCCGGACAAACAAUCAGCUAUUCAUCAUAUACCGUGACAGAUCCUCAGACGAUGGAGAGUCAUACGAGGAUCAUCAGCUUCUCAUGGAAGCGGAUCCUAUUUGCUCUCACGACGUUCCUCGUCACAACCGAGGUCAACAUUCUCAUUCUCUCCAGCAACGUGCAGGCCGAAGGCUAUAUUCAUCACCUCGAUUUCAUUCUGGAGGAGAAAAAUUAUACGAGGUUGUGUGCUACCAAGAGUAUGCUGGUCGUGAAUGGCAUGUUUCCUGGUCCAACCAUAAGAGUUCGGAGAGGGGAUACUGUCUUUGUUAACGCCAUCAACAAAGGAACCUUCGGCGUCACUCUUCAUUGGCACGGGGUACUGCAACCAAGAAAUCCAUGGUCUGACGGUCCGGAGUACAUAACGCAGUGUGCAAUCAAACCGGGUGCAAAUUUCACUUAUGAAAUCAAUUUUUCAGUCGAAGAAGGAACGGUCUGGUGGCAUGCUCAUAGUGAUUGGACAAGAGCAACAGUUCACGGCGCCAUUGUUGUUUACCCACCAGAAGGAACUCCUUAUCCUUAUCCUCAGCCUGAUGCAGAAGAGGUUAUGAUCUUGGGGUCUUGGUUCAAAGGCGAUGUCAGAGCGAUGGUUGAAGAAGACUUAGUAGAAGGUGUAGACUUGCCCACAUCAGAUGCUUACACAAUUAAUGGCCAGCCCGGGGAUUUUUACCCUUGCUCUAAUGGAUCAACCUAUAGAUGGCAUGUCGACUACGGGAAGACCUAUCUUCUCAAGAUUGUGAAUGCGGCCAUGAAUGCAGAACUCUUUCUAGGCAUCGCAGGGCACAACCUCACCAUUGUGGGGAUGGAUGGAUCGUACGUGAAACCCUUUGUCACGAGAUACAUCAUGAUAUCACCCGGACGCACCAUUGAUGCAUUGCUCACUGCAAACCAGACCCUGGGUCAAUACUACAUCAUUGCCAGGCAAUUCAUCAGCGCAGUCAUCACUUACGAGUUAUAUGACUUCACAAAUGUAUCAGCGAUCCUACAGUACAAUGGGGACUACACACCCCCAGAGAAGCCAGAGUUCGUGACUUUGCCGAAUUAUUAUAACAUCAAUGCAGCAAUGGACUUCACAGGAAGGAUACGAAGCUUGGCAGAUGAAGCUCACCCGAUUGAUGUCCCCAUGAACAUCACGACUAAAAUGUACAUUACAGCUUCGCUUAAUCAAUUCUUGGAACCUGGAGACACUUUCAGAAUGUCCUCUAGCAUGAACAAUAUAAGCUGGAAUAACGCAAAGCUCGACAUACUCACGGCCUAUUACAGAAACAUAAGUGGCGUCUACACCACUGACUUUCCGGACGAGCCGCCCUAUUUCUUCGACUUCACGGGUAUAUUGCCAGGGUACGACAUGGUUGAUGCGGACACUGGGACCCGGGUGAAGGUGUUGAACUAUGGGGAGGAGGUUGAGAUUGUGUUCCAGGGCACGAACGUGUUUAAUUCAUCCGUACAACACCCAAUGCACCUGCACGGCUACGACUUCUACGUUGUUGGGGCAGGGCGGGGAAACUACGACUUCGACAAUGACCCCAAAACUUACAAUCUUGUGGAUCCCCCUCACCUCAACACCAUGUCUUCUCCCAAGAGUGGGUGGGUUGCCAUACGGUUCAGGGCCAAUAAUCCUGGCACGUGGUUGUUGCAUUGUCACCUUGACAGACACUUCUCCUGGGGAAUGAACACAGUUUUGAUUGUAUUGAAUGGGCCGACUAAAGAGACAAGUUUGAGGGAACCCCCUUCCAAUAUGCCUACCUGUAAACCUACGCUAGAGCUCAAAGGGACUGCUGAAGAUAAAUUGUUCGAGGGUUGAGUCUCACUAGACUUCCGAUCAUCUUAAUUAUCAUUUGAACGUAUAAAUGCAUGUUUUGUCAUUGUCCGAUUUAUUGAUGAUGAGGGUACCAUGUAAGACCUAUUAGCUACGAUUAUUAUUAGCUAUAAAAAAAGCUACGAUUAUUAUCAAUAUUGGUUAUUAUAGUC